AAGUGGGAAAACGCCUUCCCGUCUUACGCAACGGUAUUUUGUUCAGGUCGUGGUAAUUGUCAGAACACCCAUCGUAUUAUUGUGAAUCAAAUCACGCUAUUCGAUGAAGAAUAGGUCGCAUUGUACAAUCGGACACAAUUAGAAUCUUUGGGUGCAUGUCGGAGUUUUCUUAUGUGAGAGAGAGAUAGUCAGAAGUCAUUUUUGACGUGCUCGAGAAAGACAGAGGUUUGGAGAGUGAGUGUGUGCAAGACCGGUUUUGACUCCCUAGCAUCAGAAAUCUGAGCCAGCAGAUUUAGCUUUGUUGUGGAUCUGUUUGGAAAAGGACGGAAAAAUCUGUUUCCGUGAGAAUUAGGCAAACUAGGGCCUAAUUCUAGCCACAUAGACGUCCCGGUCGGCAUUAACGACUUCAUAGCAACAGUUCUCCUCCCCAAGACAGUUGUUCAGCAAAUUACCAUGGCCUUAUGUUGAGACUGGUCCCACUGACUCUACCGAUGACUGAGAAGAGUCCCUUGUGUACCACUAAGGAGCAUAGACUCUGAACUUGCUCUGCUUGACCAAGCUUUGGGCUGAUCUACUGCGGUUUUAUUAGACGCCAGAUUCAGUGGGCUACAGAAACUUCAACAGAUGGUGGACCAAUUAAUUUUGCUAUUUCGAAUAAUUUCAAAUGGAUAUCAGAUGGAAUCUUUCUUUUUUAUGAUUGAUGUGAUGAUCCCAGAGUCACUUGAUUUACUGAGUAUAAUUGAGUUUUCAUGACUUAAUCACAGACCUGUAAAUAAUUCUGUAAGAAGUUAACUUUCUAAUACCAUAUCGAGCUCGUGUUGUAAAUAUUGGAGUACAGAAUAUUGAAAUUCUAGAAGACCGUUUGAUCUUGUUAUUUAUUUUGAUUGUCGGUGCAUCCUAUAGGAUUCGGGGCUGCCAUUCCUACUUGUGAAUAGCCAAAUGUCGGAGUGGCGACACUCAAUACAAUUGCCAGGCCCUUGUUCGUUUUAAUUAACUCACUUCUUUUCCCGAAAUAAUUCAGUAUCGCAUUGAAACAAUAUCAGAUAUUAGAUAAAUUUACCAGUCCCAAAAAAUUAGUCCCUCCAGUAAGAAAGUGCGCCAAGGACCCUUCUCUCAACGAUGCAGAGAUGCGUGUUACAAAUUUGGAAAGUACAAUGGGGACUCUGAUUGAAGCAGAAGCAAACUUUCAAUCACCGGUAGGCCCACGUUUUGCUCUGACGAAACAACAAAUCAAACUGGGGCCGAUGCAAAUUAGCCAAUUCAUGGCGGACAUGAUGGAGGCGCGCCAGUUAAAGUUGGUAAAGUUUGAGCAGACGCAAAAGAUUUUACCAAAACCAAAUAGCGCCCUCUUGUUUUGUCCGUCACUCUUCAAUUGGGCUCAGGAACCGGGACCAAAUACUUGCAGGGUGCAACUGGCAAACAAAACUCUGCUUUCGUGCUUUUCUCGCUCUCACUUGUGACAUUGUACAAGUAGAAAUAAGGGAAUAACUAUGUGCUUUAAGACCGGCUCAGGAGAAUGGAUGCAAACAUAAAUGUUCAGUUUCCUGAGCCGACCCCUUUGGUUUAAGACCGAGCGGGAAUACUUUUCAAUCAGACUUUGCAAGAAGUCAGUGUAAUGAUUGAUUCCCGACGAUUUUGUUCCAGAAUUUUACUUUCAUUUUCCCUAACACCCCUUCCAUGUGUAUGUGAUAAAUUGUCCAAAAGAAUUUCCUUAUAUGAAUUCGGUGCGCGUAGUACACACAGACUCUCGACCAAUCAGAAUUUGAUUAAACUGUCAGGUAUCCAGGUGCCAGUGCGUGAUUUACCCAGCAGCAUUAUCACUAAUCAGCGGGCAUUUUCAGCAUCAGAAAUAAGGACUACAUACACAUGUGCGCAUUGGCAAUGAGUGAAAUUCUUAUGGGCUUUUACACGGUCAAGUUGAACGUUAUAUUUAUGAAUCAUUGAUGGCAGAGACCGUCAAAUAACAUCACACAACCCCCUUGCCCCAGUACAAUAUCAUGACACAAAGAAAGCAAACAAAUACAUGUACAUUGUGCAUAAUGUAGUGCAAGAUCGGUUCGGGUCAUCUUUGAAAAGUGUUCUAGAACCGUGACGGGCUUUUUUACAGUGGCUCAUUGCAUGGUUCACCACUGUUGUACAUACAUGUAGUUUGCGUAACUACUCGAGAACCGGCCCAGAACCGCUCUUAAACCUUAGCCUAAACCUCUUACACAGGAAGCUCCGUACCCUUUUCACUCAGUCAAGCAAAGGUAGUUUUCCAUUGCACUUACUGCUGCACACUUUCUGCUCGCCUAAAAGCCCUUGCAGUGAGUGAAACUGGCACGGUAUUCUCGUGAAACCAUCAGCACUCGGUUGCAGGUUGCUGUAAAGUGUCCUUCGAAAACGAUGCAAACACAUGACACCAGCUGAACAAGCAAGCAGAUACUGUAGAGACCUUGCAAAGUUUUCGUUUUAAGGUUUCCAGUCACCCAUCUUUGGCAGCCUCUCAUUGAGUUACCAUACGAGCUGGGGACACCAUGUUUUUUGAGAUAAGUCCUCAGGAUGGGUGCUCAGUGGGGCUCUGGUUGUGGUAAUAAAGGCUGGUAUGCCGUCCUCUGUGUCCAUGUCGAUUGGCUGCUAUGGACAGGACUCCUCAAAGGUCUAGGAGUGCUGCUGCCGACUCUUCAAGAGCAAUUCACGGCUGACACGUGGAUGAUUGGCGGAUUGAUAGCAACUGUAACUGGUGCUGGCAGUUUCGCAGGUCCGUUAUCCAGACCGUUGGAGGUGUUAUUUGGUACCCGCAUCGUGGUCACAGUCUGUGGAUUCCUCUUAGGGGCGUCUGUCAUCGUCUCGUCCUUCUCGACCAGCGCUAUCCAGAUGACACUUACCCUAUCCUUAAUCGCUGGUCCUUGCUUGAUGAUCACCAGUAUUUUAUCACGAGCCAUGACGGGUCGUUAUUUCACCACAAAUUACGCGACAGUGAAUGGCAUUGCGACUACAGGACACUCUGUGGGCUUGAUCGCCAUUGCUCCGUUGACUCAAGUGCUUUUAGACACCUACGGUUGGCGAGGUGCCUUGCUACUGCUUGGGGCUAUCAGCACGCAUCUUGGUGUGUGUGGCCUCCUGCUAAGACCUCCUACGCCAUCAGCAGAGGGGCGGGACGACUACCUACCUAUCAACUCAAGUGAGGUGGAGCCACCACCGGACGAAUCAAGAAGCCUUAAGGCUCAGAAGGAAUCCAGAUUCCGUAUACUGAAGAACGCCGUGAAGGCUCAGGGGAAUCUUUUCGGCUGCACAGUUUGCAACCGCGCUGCAUUCUGGAUAGCGACAGUUGUAUACAGCGGCAAUGCCUUCGUGGUCACUCUCUGGCUGAUAUACUUUGUCGCUUAUGCCGAGUCGAAAGGUUUCUCUGGGUACGAGGCCGUGACGUUCACUACGGCCGCGGGGAUAGGGAACGUAGUAAUCAAGAUUCUUGUUGGAUUGGUGGUAGAUCGAAGCUGGCUCAAGCUGCGAUUAGCCUUGGUAAUUUCAAUCAUGACUUGUGGCUUGGCUCUAUUCACGCUUCCGUGGGUGAACUCCUAUUGGUUAAUGAUUGUCAACGCCAUCAUUUUCAACGGCUUCGCUGGAGCACAAUCAUCACUUAGUGACAUAUACAUCCGGGAAUUGCUGGGGGCCGAAGACCUGGUUCCCGCUUUCAGCUGGGUGGGUCUGCUAUCGGCCACUAUCCACAUUGCUUUCGGAUUCUUCCCUGGUUGGAUAUUCGACCAGACUGGAAGCUAUGACAAGGCUUUUAUCGUAUUCGGUUUCAUCUUGCUUCUGCCGUUGGCGUCGCUGUUGGUGGAAAAGCUACUCAGCCGACGGAAGGCGUGACCACAACCACAUCUAACUGAAGAGUUACUUUCUUUUCAACUCCAUUCAAAUAUAAACCAUUGGCUGUGCAACCAUGGAGGACGAACACAGGAGUUACAACUCUGGCCGUCAAAGUUCUCGACGAUCAUCGCCGCCCGGCCGGAUGAACAAUUAUAGUAAAUAUUCCAAAAAAUGCCUGAUUACUGCCUGCAGCUUAGCCGGACAAGUGGGGCCAGUAAUAUCAAAGCAAUAUUAGCGGUGUUUUCUUUUCAAUUACAUGCAACCACGCGCACAGCUUAUCGCAGUGUAUUUUUUUUAAGAUUUUGAUCCGUGGAGGAAGGACACAGGAGUUUGAACUGCCCGGCUUGCUGGCACUGUAUGUCCAUAGCCAGAGCGCGGCGAUUGCUUGCCACACACCACCUGUUUCCAUGUGCCGCAUGAUAAUCGCCACAAUUAGUCGCUGGUAAUCUUAAUCCUUAAAACGUUGUGUACUGUAGUAUAGGCAGUUGAAUAUUCAUGCAUCGUUGGUGCUUGGUACGAUCUGACAUCAGAUUUAACGCUUGCGCAGUAGCUUUUAUUAGGCUGUGUUCCCGAAGUGUUCAUGUGCAGUUAUUACCCUAAACAUCGAACGCUUUCUUCUGUACCUACUUUUGGAAUAAAUUACCAAGUUGUUUAUGA